AGCAGCAAGCUUCAAACGGCUGUGAGUGCGGUGCUGCGCGAGCCUCAUCAUCCUCAUCACACCCGCCAACAGAACCUCUGCAGCGGCAGAGAGGAGAACCGAGCGAACCACCGGGGGUCUUCACCGAGCCAAGGAAGCGGCCAACAUGGCGGGCCCCCGUUAAAACCGGACCCAGAUUUAUCCUCUUUGUUCCACCCCGACGCCUCGCUGUCUCUACGCGCCUCCGCUGAGGAGGGGCCGCCGAGGAGAAGGAGAAGCGCUCCCCCCACCGCCUCCCAGCGAGCCAGGAGGAGCGGCUGAGCAGGGAGCUGUUCCCGCCGGAGAGCUGCUUGCUUCGGUACCAGCCGAAUGGCGGACCGCGAGGCGUCGCCGAUACCGUUGGAGAUCCGAGCCCGGCUGGCGGAGCUGGAGCUGGAGCUGUCAGAGGGGGACAUCACUCAGAAGGGUUAUGAGAAGAAGAGGUCCAAGCUGAUCAGGGCAUAUGCUGGAGGUAUGGAGGGGCCCAUGUCUCAUCGGGCCCCGCUCGGCCCCCCGGCCGCCGCCCGCUUCCACCGGCGGAGAACGUCCGGAACCAGAGACGAGCGCUACCGAUCAGACGUCCACACAGAGGCGGUCCAGGCUGUGUUGGCGCGACACGUAGAGAGGAAGAUGGCGGUGCCCAUGCCUUCCAAACGGCGCUCCCUGGUGGUGCAGACCUCCAUGGACGCCUACACGCCUCCAGGCCUGUCGCCGCUGUGCUCCGAUUCGUCGUCGGGCUCAGAGGAGGAGGCGGGGCCGGGCGACGACAUGACGGGCAUGGAGCACUGGAUGAGCCGGCCCUCCCAGCUCGGCCCCGCCCACCUGGGCUCCACCUCCUCGUCGUCCUCGUCCACGCAGAGCGGAGGCAGCGGGAACGCCGGGCGGCUGGCCGACUCGCUGGCGCACACGCACAUCGCGCACCUGGCGCACCUGGGCCACCCUCACCUGGGCCAGUCGCACCACCAGCAGAGCCUGCUGUCACAGUCGCAUCAUGGAAUCGGCCACCUGUCUCUGAAGAGGAAGGGCGCUCUGAGCGUGGCGGAGAACGGCGGCUCUCUGCGGCGGUCCUGUGAGUUUGGAUCGGACAUGCUGUGGCCGCCGCCUCUGGAGUCAGAGGAGAACCAUUCGGCGCCGCCGGACGUGACGGGAUACUCGUCGGACUCGUCCCACUCUCACACCGAGCGGCACCACAUGUCCAACAUGGGCACCAUCGCCAGGAGCACGCAGAAGUAUGGCAACGCCGAGCGCAUGGAGACGGGCGAUGGUGUUCCGGUCAGCAGUCGAGUGUCGGCGAAGAUCCAGCAGCUCGUCAACACGCUGAAGCAGCCCCGCAGGCCGCCGCUGCGCGAGUUCUUCGUCGACGACUUCGAUGAGCUUUUGGAGGUCCAGCAGCCGGACCCCAACCAGCCGCGGCCGGAGGGGGCGGAGAUGAUGCCGGUGAGGGGGGAGCCGCUGGGCGUGGUCACCAACUGGCCUCCGUCCCUGGAGGCGGCGCUGCAGCGCUGGGGCACCAUCUCCCCCAAAGCGCCCUGCCUCACCAGCCUGGACACGGCGGGGAAACCCCUCUACGUCCUCACAUACGGGAAGCUGUGGUCGCGCAGCAUCAAGCUGGCCUACAACAUCCUCCACAAACUGGGCAGCAAGCAGGAGCCCAUGGUGCGGCCGGGCGAUCGGGUGGCGUUGGUGUUUCCUAACAACGACCCGGUGGCCUUCAUGGUGGCCUUCUACGGCUGCCUGCUGGCUGAGGUGGUUCCUGUUCCCAUCGAGGUGCCGCUGAGUCGCAAAGAUGCCGGCAGCCAGCAGAUCGGGUUUUUAUUGGGCAGCUGCGGCGUUACCGUGGCGCUGACCAGCGAUGCCUGCCAUAAGGGUCUCCCAAAGAGCGCAACAGGAGAGAUCCCGCAGUUCAAAGGAUGGCCCAAGCUGCUGUGGUUCGUAACAGAGUCCAAGCAUCUGUCCAAGCCUCCCAGAGACUGGUUCCCCCACAUCAAGGACGCAAACAACGACACGGCGUACAUAGAGUAUAAAACCUGUAAGGACGGCAGCGUUCUGGGCGUCACCGUAACGAGGAUCGCUCUGCUAACACACUGCCAAGCUCUCACCCAGUCCUGCAGCUACACCGAGGCUGAAACCAUAGUGAACGUCUUGGACUUUAAGAAGGACGUGGGCUUGUGGCACGGCAUCCUGACGAGUGUGAUGAACAUGAUGCAUGUGAUCAGCGUGCCGUACUCCCUAAUGAAGGUCAACCCUCUGUCGUGGAUUCAGAAGGUCUGCCAGUACAAAGCCAAGGUGGCCUGCGUCAAGUCCAGAGACAUGCACUGGGCUCUGGUGGCCCACAAGGACCAGAAAGACAUCAACCUGAGCUCGCUGCGGAUGCUGCUGGUGGCCGACGGUUCCAAUCCCUGGUCCAUCUCCUCCUGUGACGCCUUCCUCAACGUGUUUCAGACCAAAGGGCUGAGGGCAGAGGUCAUCUGUCCCUGCGCCAGCUCGCCUGAGGCCUUGACGGUCGCCAUCAGGAGGCCGGUGGAGGACAGCAGCCAGCCUCCGGGCCGCGGCGUCCUGUCCAUGCAGGGUCUGAGCUACGGCGUGGUGCGGGUGGACACGGAGGAGCGUCUGUCUGUCCUCACCGUUCAGGACGUCGGCACCGUCACACCAGGAGGCCUGGUGUGCGUGGUGAAGCCCGAGGGCGUCCCUCAGCUCUGCCAGACGGACGAGAUCGGUGAACUCUGCGUCUGCUCCGUCGCCACUGGAACGUCCUACUACGGCCUGACGGGAAUGACCAAGAACACCUUCGAGGUGUACCCGGCGAGCGCCGGCGGCGGCCUCAUCAGCGAGUACGCCUUCGUGCGGACCGGCCUGCUGGGCUUCAUCGGACCCGGCGGCCUGGCCUUCAUCACGGGGAAAAUGGACGGCCUCAUCAUGGUGAGCGGGCGGCGGCACAACGCCGACGACAUCGUCGCCACGGCGCUGGCGGUGGAGCCCAUGAAGUUCGUCUACAGGGGCCGGAUCGCCGUGUUCUCCGUGACGGUGCUGAGAGACGAGCGCAUCGUGGUGGUGGCCGAGCAGAGGCCCGACUCCACGGAGGAGGACAGCUUCCAGUGGAUGAGCCGGGUGCUGCAGGCCAUCGACAGCAUUCACGGCGUAGGCGUGUUCUGCCUGGCUCUGGUUCCGGCCAACACGCUCCCCAAGACGCCGCUGGGCGGCAUCCACCUGUCGGAGAUCAAGCAGCUGUACCUGGAGGGGGGGCUGCACCCCUGCAACGUCCUGAUGUGCCCCCACACCUGCGUCACCAACCUGCCCAAACCGCGGCAGAAGCAGCCAGAGAUCGGACCCGCCUCCGUGAUGGUGGGGAACCUGGUGUCGGGGAAGAGGAUAGCUCAGGCCAGCGGCAGAGACCUGGGGCAGACCGACGACAACGACCAGUUUCUGUUCCUGUCAGAAAUCCUGCAGUGGCGAGCCCAGACCACCCCGGACCACGUCCUCUACACCCUGCUCAGCUCCCGGGGGGCGGUGUCGAGCUCCCUCACCUGUCUGCAGCUGCACAAGCGGGCGGAGCGAGUCGCAGCUCUGCUGAUGGAGAGGGGAGGCCUGCAGGAGGGAGACCAUGUGGCUCUGGUUUACCCACCAGGCAUCGAUCUGAUCGCGGCGUUCUACGGCUGCCUGUACGCCGGCUGCGUUCCCAUCACGGUGCGGCCGCCUCACCCCCAGAACAUCUCCACCACGCUGCCCACCGUCAAGAUGAUCGUCGAGGUCAGCCAUUCGGCCUGCGUCAUGACGACGGCCGUCAUCUGCAAGCUGCUGCGCUCCAAGGAGGCCACGGCCACCGUGGACAUCAGGAACUGGCCUCCGGUUCUGGACACCGACGACCUGCCAAAGAAGAAGCCUCCAGCUCUCUACAAGCCCACCAACCCCGACGGCCUGGCCUACCUGGACUUCAGCGUGUCCACCACCGGCAUGCUGGCCGGAGUCCAGAUGUCCCAUAAUGCAGUGGGAGCCUUCUGCCGCUCGGUGAAGCUGCAGUGUGAGCUGUACCCGUCCAGAGAGGUGGCCAUCUGCCUGGACCCGUACUGCGGCCUCGGCUUCGUCCUCUGGUGUCUCUGCAGCGUUUACUCGGGCCACCAGUCCAUCCUGAUCCCGCCGGUGGAGCUGGAGACCAACCCGGCUCUGUGGCUGCUGGCCGUCAGCCAGCUGAGGGUGCGAGACACCUUCUGCUCCUACAGCGUCAUGGAGCUCUGCACCAAAGGACUCGGCCUGCAGACCGAAGCACUGAAGGCCCGGGGUCUGGACCUGUCCCGGGUCCGGGCCUGCGUGGUGGUGGCAGAGGAGAGACCCAGGAUGGCGCUCACACACUCCUUCUCCAAGCUCUUCAAGGACCUGGGCCUCCACCCUCGCUCCGUCAGCACGGCGUUUGGCUGCAGGGUCAACCUGGCCAUCUGUCUGCAGGGGACCUCAGGACCCGACCCCACCGUGUACGUGGACAUGAGAGCGCUGCGCCAUGACAGGGUCCGGUUGGUGGAGAGAGGCUCGCCCCACAGCCUGCCGCUGAUGGAGUCUGGGAAGAUCCUGCCGGGAGUCCGAAUCAUCAUCGCCAACCCGGAGACCAAAGGACCGCUGGGAGACUCCCACCUGGGAGAGAUCUGGGUCCACAGCGCUCACAACGGCAGCGGCUACUACAGCGGCUACGGCGAGGAAGUGCUGCAGUCGGACCAUUUCAGCUCCAGGCUCAGCUUCGGAGACACCCAGACGGUCUGGGCCAGAACCGGUUACCUGGGUUUCCUCCGCCGCACCGAGCUCACCGACGCCAACGGAGAGAGGCACGACGCGCUGUUCGUGGUCGGGGCGCUGGAGGAGGCCAUGGAGCUGCGGGGGAUGAGGUACCACCCCAUCGACAUCGAGACCUCCGUCACCCGCGCACACAAGAGCAUCAUGGAGUGCGCCGUCUUCACCUGGACCAACCUGCUGGUGGUGGUGGUGGAGCUGGAGGGCUCAGAGCAGGAGGCCCUGGACCUGGUUCCUAUGGUGACCAAGGCCGUGCUGGAGGAGCACUACCUGAUCGUGGGCGUCGUCGUGGUGACAGACGUCGGCGUCAUACCCAUCAACUCCCGCGGCGAAAAGCAGCGCAUGCACCUCCGCGACGGCUUCCUACAAGACCAGCUGGACCCCAUCUACGUGGCCUACAACAUGUAGCCUGGCUGUGUGUGUGUGUGUGUGUGUGUGUGUGUGUGU